UCUUUCUCGCUCACACACACAUUUCCUCUUCUGCGAGAGACUGAAGCCGCACCGGAGCUCGCUCUCGUUAUUCUUCGGAUCCGAACAUCCACCUCCUCUAGGGUUAGGGUUUCGAGUAAUCGAUCACCGCCAAUCUCAAAGCAAUGGCCAUGGCUGCUCUCAGACGAGAAGGGAGGCGUUUCGCCAUCUCCCCCAAUCCAAUCGCCGCCGUCCGAUCCUCCAUCUUCCCCGCCGAGGAGCAGGCCCCUCUGGGAGUACGCUCGAUUUCAACUCAAAUCGUGAGAAACCGGAUGAAGAGUGUUAAGAGUAUCCAAAAAAUUACAAAGGCAAUGAAGAUGGUUGCAGCCUCAAAGCUGCGAGCAAUUCAAUCCAAAGCUGAAAAUUCUCGUGGCCUGUGGCAGCCUUUCACAGCACUUCUUGGCGACUCCCCCAGUGUCAAAGUUAAGAAGGAUGUUAUUGUUACCAUCUCUUCAGACAAAGGUUUAUGUGGUGGAAUCAACUCUACUUCAGUCAAAAUAAGCAAGGCAUUGAACAAGUUGACUGCUGGUCCUGACAAAGAAACAAAAUAUGUAAUUUUGGGGGAAAAAGCAAAAGCUCAAUUGAUUCGUGACUCAAAGAAGGACAUUGAGCUAAACAUAACUGAGUUGCAGAAGAAUCCUUUGAACUAUGCCCAGGUAUCUGUCAUAGCUGACGACAUUUUAAAAAAUGUUGAAUACGAUGCUUUGAGAGUUGUCUUCAACAAAUUUCAGUCAGUCGUCUCAUUUCUGCCAACUGUUUCUACUGUAUUAUCUCCAGAGGUUGUGGAGAAAGAGUCUGAAGCUGGUGGAAAGCUUGGUGACCUAGAUUCGUAUGAGGUUGAAGGUGGCGAGACAAAGUCAGAAAUUCUACAGAAUCUGACAGAGUUCCAAUUUUCUUGUGUCUUGUUCAAUGGGGUGAUGGAGAAUGCUUGCAGUGAGCAAGGAGCCAGGAUGUCUGCCAUGGACAGCUCAAGCAGAAAUGCCGGAGAGAUGCUUGAUCGCCUCACACUCACUUACAACAGAACCCGUCAAGCAUCUAUCACCACAGAAUUGAUCGAGAUUAUAUCUGGAGCAUCAGCACUGGAGGGCUAGUUUAUCUGAUGGUGACGAAAUAAAAACUGUGGUUUGAAGUUUAAAGAUGUUACAUUUGAGAAUCAUUUUGUUAUUCUAAUAAUUACUCCAGGGUCAAAUUCUGGGCACUAAAAUUGUACUAGUGAUCACUUAAAUUGAUGUUUCUGGGAUUCCUUUCCCUUUUUUUGAGUUCCGCACCUGAGACAUCCAUCUCAAGAUAUUGAGGAUUGUACAAAUUGUAUCGGUUCAUUUGUGAUAAAGUUUUAUUUUUGUUGGCCA